AUGACAUCGCCGCCAAUCAACGAUGACCUCGAAGGUCUUAUCGGGGACCUCGAGGAAGCCUCAAAAUUGCCAGCAAAGCGGCGUCAGACCUCCAUCAAACCCACCGUCGAGGCUACGGCUUCACUCCUCUUCGAGAGGGGAGCCCUACCAGGAGAACUUGCGCGUCUCGUCGACCUCCUGACUAUUCGCAACCACCUCGACCAGGCUAGUUUGGGCGCCAUUGUGCGGAACCUGUAUCCAACAGGGAAGGUCGAUGAUGACGUCGUGUUACGUUUCGUCGCGGCCCUGGGCCAUGGCCAGCUGAAGGCUUCUUUUCCGUUGCAGGCUUUGUUUCUCCGGUGGCUGGUGAUGGUGUAUCACUUGAUCAAAAACCCGGCUAUUUUGUCACAAGUCUACGGGGUCCUGUUCAACCUUCUCGAUACCGCCGCUAUUAGGCCCCAGCUGUGUCAUCUCCUGGCACUGAUAACAAGGAGGAAGCAUGUGAGGCCGUUCCGGAUCCAGGGGAUACUCAGUCUGUCUCGACAGACAGGAGGCGACCCAAACCUGACUGGCCUCCUCCGAGUUUUCAAAAACUACUACCCGGAAAUUAUCGUCGGCGAUAUCACAAAGGGGCGAGCAUCAUCAUUCAAACACCCUGAUCCCCAAUGGCGAGAAAAAUUGGACGAGAUCCAACAGCGGCAAUUCAACGGUCAAUGUGACCCAGGCACGAGAAACGGGUUUGCGGUCAGUCAUACGCUUGGCCGGCAGAUGAAGGGGUUACACGUUUCAGUUCCAGCUGUCCGUACGCUGCAUGCUCAAGAGAACUCGGUGACCCUUGAAGAAAUUGACAACGCGGAGUCGUUCGUCAAGAACCUCGAAAGGAUCGAGCUGCCCACGCAGUUGGUGGCUGUCCUGGCAGAUCCACUGUUGCAGAAGUUCCUACUCCUGCGGCCGGAUGCCGAGGCGUCGUCCCGGGUUAGCAAUUGGCUGAUGGCAUGUUUGGGCGAUGUGUCUAGCGGUGACGCGGAUUCUGAGAUUUUUCUCGAAAUGGUGGAGGUGAUUAACAGCUAUGCAGUUGCUACAAAGACCCUCCCUCCCAUCUUGCUCACCUUUUUUGCCCAAUUUUUAAGCACAUGGAAUGGCUCGGAUAAAAGAGACAUCGUCUUGGAGACAUUGAGCUUUACCCCUAUGCUCGUGUUCGAAGAAUUGUAUGCGAUUCUUCAAGUAUUAGAAGGCGCGGUGCUAGACAACACCUCGAGCUCUCAACUCUCCCUUCUGAAAUUUUAUACGCUCCUUCUCCGGCGGUGGACCAUUGCCAUGAAGAGCACAGAUGAUCUGGACCCCCUUCCCAUGGCCACAGUUUCUCGGCUCAUCGACUAUGUCAACCAACUCACACUCACUUUGACCCAAACAUCACCCAGGGUCGGUACGUGCCUUGAUAUCCUCGAUUUUUACGAGGCUGCGGCUGCCGUCUUUUCCGAGACGCGUCUCCUCCAGCGCGUCGAGAUCAGUAUUCCGCCACCCUUACUUGUCUACCUCCUUUACUUUAGCCCGUCGUUGACCGUGGUGUCACGCCUCUGCGGCAUUCUCGCCGCCUACAAGCGGGCCUGGGAAGCCGUCAUGUCAUCGGCCGUCACGCGGCCUCUCACGCGCCGCGAGCGUGACCAAAUUAACGUUUUCAAUGGCUUCUUGAUGGACUUGUGCAACUGCAUAUGGCGGGGGCGCGCGUUUUCCACGACCGACGUCAAUGCACAAGGCUGCCGUGUGCCAACCGCAGUCCAGACAGCAUUGGACCGCUACGUGCGCACCGCGGCAAACUCGGACAGAGACCUAUCAUUAGCCGUGGCGUUCGGUCUGUCGCACUCGCCGCUGCUGUGCCAGCUAUCACUCGAGUAUAUACGAAGGCUGGAGGACGACCAGAUGGAGGAGCUGAGGGCCAGGCAUGCCGGCCCUGUGACACAGGCUUCGCUGGCCCGGCUGGCGAGCCGAGGCGGUCUGAAUCUGCCGUGGGCGGAUUAUAAGUCAGGGGUACUCACGCACCUAGAGGCCAAGGGGUUUCCUGGUAUCCCAGAGCUGAUGUACAAUACGAUGAAGAAUCUAAUGAGGGCACGGCAGCAAUGA